AUGAGUUAUCUAUCUAUCUAUCCUUCAUUCCUUGUUCAUUUCAAUGUUUUUCUGCAACAAGCCACCAGUUAUUUUUUUUAUUUUGAUUCUUCUAAUCUAUUGACACCGCCCCGCAUAUCUAUCUAUCUAUCUAUCUAUCUAUCUAUCUAUCUAUCUAUCUAUCUAUCUAUCUAUCUAUCUCAAUCUGGUCAUAUCUAUCUAUCUAUCUAUCUAUCUAUCUAUCUAUCUAUCUAUCUAUGGAAGUCUGUUUCUAUCAAUCGCAAUAUGUUCAUGUAUAUCUAUAUAUAUAUAUAUCAAUUUGUUCACAUCUAUCUAUCUAUCUAUCUAAAUUUGGUCAUAUCUAUCUAUCUAUCUAUCUAUCUAUCUAUCUAUCUAUCUAUCUAUCUAUGGAAGUCUGUUUCUAUCUAUCGCAAUAUGUUCAUAUAUAUCUAUAUCUAUCUCAAUUUGUUCACAUCUAUCUAUCUAUCUAUCUAUCUAUCUAUCUAUCUAUCUAUCUAUCUAUCUAUCUAUCUCAAUCUGGUCAUAUCUAUCUAUCUAUCUAAAUCUGGUCAUAUCUAUCUAUCUAUCUAUCUAUCUAUCUAUCUAUCUAUCUAUCUAUCUCCCGAUUGGCUUCGAGUCAAACACAUUCGGUUGCCAAGUAAAAUAUGA